AAAACCGAGCAAGAAAAACCCUAAAUUUUUCUUUGAUUUUGUUGCAUUCUCUCGACGAGCCGUUUCUCACUUCAGCGACCAGACAGUCAGAGAUCCUCCCAAUCAAACAACAAUGACAAAGAGAACCAAGAAGGCUGGAAUUGUUGGAAAAUAUGGUACUCGUUAUGGUGCCAGUUUGAGGAAGCAAAUUAAGAAGAUGGAGGUUAGUCAACACAGCAAGUACUUCUGUGAGUUCUGUGGAAAGUAUGCGGUGAAGAGAAAAGCUGUCGGUAUCUGGGGAUGCAAGGAUUGCGGGAAAGUCAAAGCAGGCGGUGCUUAUACUUUGAACACUGCUAGCGCUGUGACUGUGAGGAGUACCAUCAGGAGGCUGAGGGAGCAAACUGAGAGCUGAGCCACCACUGGUGAUUGAUUUAUAUUCUACUUUCAUAGGAUGUUGUUUUGCAUGUUUUAGCUAUGAGACUUAAUUGAGACCUUUUUUUGACAAUGAUGUUCGUGCUAUGUGUUCUCAUUUUUUUAUCUGAGUCUGGUUUUAGAACUUUAUUUAAGUUCAAUUAUUUGCUUCAUUCGACAUUAUCUUGUUAUUUUCACAUCAAAUUAUGGCAUUCUUGAUUCUUUGUCUUGCUCA